AUGGCUGACACACUUCACCAUGCAAAGUCAGUCGUCGGCUUUGCUAUUACACAGCCCUUGAGUUUUGUCUACAUUCUCAUCCAAAACGUGCUGAAUUGGAUUUUCGCACCAGUGCCCCCUCCUCCAACCGACAAGCUGCGUAGACCUAGAAUUGCUGUUAUUGGGGCUGGUCUGACAGGAGUGUCCUCGGCAGCGCACUGUGUUGGCCAUGGAUUUGAUGUCAAGAUCUUCGAAACACGGUCAAGGGAGAAAGGUCUGGGCGGGAUAUGGAGCCGGGUGAACUCAACCUCGGCCCUGCAAAUCCACUCAAUUAUGUUUCGUUUCCAUCCGUCUGUAAAGUGGGAUACAGCCUAUCCGCAGCAGCAGGAUAUCAAAAAACAAAUUGCUUCCGUGUGGAAGACAUACGGCCUCGAUAAAAAGACAGUUUUUGAAACCCCCGUUACCUCUAUAAAAAAGAACGCGUCAUCCGGGCGAUGGGUGAUCAACGAUAACGAACAGGAACAUGGCAGUUUUGAUGGCAUCAUCGCAGCAGUAGGCUCGUGCGGAGACCCCCAAAUGCCGCGCCUGCCCGACCACGAUAAAUUCAAUGGCCCAACAUAUCAUUCAUCCGAAUUGGACGGAAAGGAUGUCGAGGGGAAGAAAAUACUCAUCAUCGGCGGUGGAGCGAGCGCGGUCGAGGCACUAGAAUUUGCAGUUCAGAACCAUGCUGCAGAGAUUGACGUGCUCUCACGCUCCGAUAAAUGGAUCAUCCCACGAAAUGUUUUUGUCGAUGUGCUCCUUUCCUUGAAUGUAUUUGGGGGAGAAACGUCGUUCUCCUGGAUCCCUGAAUGGCUACUGCGCAAGUUCUUUUAUCGAGACCUGGAGGAUAUCUCCCCCGCCAAGAAGGGCCUCUACACCGAUACACCCAUGGUCAACUCGGAACUCUUCGAUCAGAUCCGGGCUGGAAAAGCACGCUGGCUAAGGGGGGAUAUCGUCAACGUUCAGAAUGAAGGCAUCAUGUUCAACCACCGCGCACAGGGCGUGCCCAAGGGUGGUCCUGGUCACGAAUCACUUGUGCGUGGAGAUGUCAUUAUCAUGGCCACGGGAUAUAAGAGGCCAUCUCUUGCAUUUCUUCCAGACAAUGUCUUCGAGAAGGGCUACGAGCCGCCGAACUGGUAUUUACAGGUGUUCCCGCCACAGGACCCAACUAUUUGCGCUACGAACAGCACUUAUGUGAAUGCCAUUGGAACUGUUGGCAAUUAUCACAUUGGCAUUUACACGCGCUUCCUCCUCAUGUUUCUCGUCGAUCCGCUAUCACGGCCUCGUGAGUCGCUCAUGAAACUUUGGAUUGGCUUCACGAGGACACUCAAAAAGUUCGCACCUACCAAGGCGUUUGACUUUUUCACAUAUGCCGAGCUUAUAUACUGGUACUGCUUUGUGAGUAUUAUUAAUCCUUUCCGCUGGAAAUGGGUGCCCUUUAUUUUCUUUGGGCUAUUUCGCGGAUUGCCAUUGGCCAUUGUCGAAGAGGAAGACCAUAUACGAGGAUUGAACGGAAAGGCCAAGUGA